AGAAGUUAACUCAAUCGCAACUCUCAACGCUUUCUCCCUCUCUCUCUCUCUCUCUCUAUUGUAUUUCUGCGUCUGUAUAUUCCAUGGCUGCUCAUGAAGAAGGAGAGAUUUGUUUUGAAGAAGGAAUGUUGUGGCUGCCGUCACAAGUUUUGGAUGAAGCAAUAUGUGACACAAAGGCAAAUUCGAGGCUCCAUGCAAAACACCAUCACCACCACCACAAUGAUCAUUUGAAUUCAAUAUCUAGCUCAAUGAGACCACAUCAUAGACCAAAAGUCCAUGUGAAUUGGUCAUCCGGAGGACCUGGAAUGCAAGCCAUUUUCCUGGAUUCUAGCCAAAAAUCAUGUGGCACGGGCGUUUUUCUUCCACAACGAGCAGGCACCCACUUCCACAGAACCAAAAAACCAGCUUGUGCUCCAGUUCUGCUGCCCUCUCGUGUGGUUCAAGCUCUGAACCUCAACGUGCAUGCACUAGGCCUGCAAGUUUCACCUCGACAAGAUUUUAAAGAUCACAAGCGAAAAAGUGAAGACUACUUGGCAACUCAAAACAAGAACGGGAAUAAGGAUGUUUCGUCUACCCAAUACUACAUUAUUUCCCAAAAUCCGAAUUCUUCACCAGAAUUGUUUCUUCCAAAGGAAUGGACUUACUAAUGACGAAUACGAAGAACGAUUAUUACAAGUACACAAGAAACUAUAUCAUCAUAAAGGCUAAAGCUCUCUUGCUCUAUGAUUGACGUGUACGGCUAGCUCAUGUAAUGUAAGCUUAAAUAAACAGCUAAAGGCUUCCAUUUUAUACCAGUGCUUU